UAUCAGUAAUCUGAUCUUUUUUUUAUUUCUUUUAGAAACGAAUUCGUUCGUUUUUUUUUCAACAAUGGGGCGUGUCGUUCAUUAAAUUUAAUAUAUGAUCAACUAUUUUUAACUAUUUUAAACUAAAAUUAGAAAAAAGUAUCAUUUAUAUUUUAAGAAACAAUGACUGAACGGUCAGGUCAGUCUUUCAGUAGACUUAUAGGAAUGCAAGAAGUGCGGAAGGAACGGGUCUCUUCUCUUGGAACGGCGAUUUCAGCGAUUUCUAAGAAUGUGAAGACGCGGAAAGAUAUUAUUAAUCAAGCUGAUCUGAGUCGAGUCAAGUAUCAAUUUAGACUCGGAUUGACUAGACUCAUCGACUCGUUCGGAGCACUAGGCUUCAGUUCCGAUUCUUGGGUUUCGGCUUCAGUUUUUGGGUGUUGGAUAGGUAUCGGCUUUUAUUUUAUAGAUAUCGGCUUUGGCUCUUGCACGGCACGUUGGAUAGAUGUUGGAUUGAUAUCGGGUUUAGAUUCUUGGAUGUUGGAUAGGUAG